AAUUUGGUAAAGACAAAAACAAAAACCAAACUCAAAACGAAACGUAAGACCGAAGAAGAAUUCGAAAGAAGAAAAUCAAAAUCAAAAUCAAAUCUAAUCCAAUCGAAUCAUGUGGGAAUCGAUCUGCCUCACCUUGGCGGCCACCGCCGGUAACAACAUCGGAAAAGUCCUUCAGAAGAAGGGCACCAUUAUUCUCCCUCCUCUCUCUUUCAAGCUCAAGGUGAUAAGAGCAUAUGCUCUUAAUAGAGCUUGGUUGUUGGGUUUCUUGAUGGAUAUAUUUGGAGCUUUGUUGAUGUUGAGAGCAUUAUCUCUAGCUCCUGUAUCAGUUAUCCAACCGGUUUCGGGCUGUGGACUUGCUAUUCUAUCUAUAUUUUCCCACUUUUAUCUAAAGGAAACCAUGAAUGUUAUUGAUUGGAUGGGAAUUACUUUAGCAGGCAUUGGCACCUUAGGAGUUGGUGCUGGUGGUGAGGAACAAAAGGCUUCUGCCAUAUCUGUACUUCAGUUACCGUGGCUUGUCAUCAUCGUCGUCAUCUUGUUUGUACUUCUCAAUGGUUGGCUUCGUAUUUUCAAACGUCAACGAAGAGAACAGGAAUUGAUGGAAUAUGAAGUUGUUGAGGAAAUCAUAUACGGUCUAGAAUCUGGCAUUUUGUUCGGGAUGGCAUCUGUUAUAUCAAAGAUGGGAUUUGUAUUCUUGGAGCAAGGCUUCCCCAGAAUGUUGGUUCCUAUAUGCAUCUCGAUCAGCAUAUGUUGUAGUGGCACAGGAUUCUAUUACCAGACUCGGGGUUUAAAGCACGGGAGGGCGAUUGUGGUUUCUACAUGUGCUGCUGUGGCAUCGAUUGUUACCGGUGUGCUAGCUGGAAUGCUCGCUUUGGGUGAAAGAUUGCCAUCAGCUCCCACAGCCCGUUUAUCGCUUUUGCUUGGAUGGUUACUAAUAAUCGUCGGAGUGAUGUUACUCGUGAGUUCAACUCGAGUUCUACGACUUCUUCCCCGAAGAUUACGACGUGCUGUACAGAGUGGCUCUGAUCGGAGUUUUGGUGCAAGACAAUCCGGGUCCGUUCGUGGUAGUAGGGAUCCAAACCCAAGUACCGUUAUUCAGGCGGCAACUCUGCAUCAUUUGAUAGCAUCUUCUUCUGCUAAAGAGAAGGCUUGAAGAUGGGCAUUGAGAAAAGAAAGAAACGAAAAAGAAGCCCGCAUGCGUCGAGUGUCGAAUUUCUGGUUCGGCGGGUUUGCACAUAACAAGGGAGAGUUGGGGUCCAUGGAUUUGGGUGGUAAUUGAAAUUUGUGGAGGUUGGAUUGUAUAGUUAUAUACAGUCUCUAUUUAGGGGUCCUAAGUGGGCAAUUAUGAGGGUUUUGAAGGACCUUUGGAGACAUUGAAUUUGUUUUGUUUGUUAAUUUUUUUUCUUUUGUGUUUUUGGGUUGGAAUUCUUUAUCAGUUGUAAAACAUUGUGUGUGAACUUUAAAAAAGUUGUAACUUUGUAGGCCAAACCUUAAUAAUAUGUAAUGUUGUACCAAUUACAAUCGAGCAAAAACCAAAAAAAAAAGUUUUUAUUUUUUUAA